ACUUUCAGCGCUGGUUUGGCCUGCCUUUCUAAGUGCAGCAACUCGUCCCGUGGCGAUGGCUUUCCGUCCAGCAGCUUCUUGUGGUGCUCACCGACAGCAGAUUGUGGAUGGUCCGGUUGCCGAUAUUGUGGCAGGAUUGAGUUGAACGGACCGGAUUGAGUGUGUUUCUGGAGCAAUCUACGAGUAUGUAGAAGUCGCACGGGCUGUCGCGAGCUGUGUCCGCGUUUGUCCGUGAUGCCCAUGUGUGGAGGAAGAUUGAGGAAACGAGGAGGAGGACGGUGACUUGUGUGGCAGCCGUGUGACCCAGCCAUGGCGAGCAGGUUGUCUCAGUAAGCACUGCAAUUCUAGCGAUUUUCUGUUUUAUGAUCGGUUUGGAGCUCUGGGGCUUUGUUGGGUGAGGUGGGGCGACCAGCAUGGACGAACAACUCAAUGACGAGGUGCCGAAGAUUCGGCUGCGGGGUAAAGCUGCAAUAAGAGCUAUUCGAGUGGAACAUGAUGAUGGUUUACUGGUGCGACUCUACAAUUUCUACAUCUACACGCUGCGCUUACCCCUAACAGUCUUCUUUCUCAUCAUGUUCUCAACCCCUUUAAUUUUGAGCGUUAUCUUUACGGCAUUCUAUUUGUUGGACGUGGAUGGUUUAGUUAUCCCCGAAGACCAAGAUUGGGGUCGACAGUACUGGUGGAGCUACCUCUACAAAUUUUCCGGUGAAAAACAGUUCAAGGUUUUCAUCUUUAGUCUUUCCUUGUGCACAACUUUUGGAGGGACGGGCGUGGAAGCGCGCUCGCCUUACAAUCUCCUUCUGGCGAACUUGAACACCCUCACGGCUCAGCUUACUUUUGUCUUUCUCAGUGGAGCAGUAUUCCAUAGGUUAUCUCAGCCAGCUGUACCAGUUCGGUGGGCCAAAACGGCGCUCAUCACCAACGACAAAUUCACAGAGCAUGCCAGCAAACUAUCUCCAACUGGAGAGAGGCCACACAAGUCCUUCAUCGUUCGAGUAAACCUAGCAGAUCCCGCCAAGAUGGUGCUCAUAGAAUGCAAAUUUGAGAUCAUCUAUCGUUGCAUACUGACCCCGGCUGGCGAAGCCUCGCCGUUCAUCCACCAAGUGUCCCUCCAGCUGGUUCGCCCAGAAGUUUCAUACCUCAGAUUUGGCCUCAUCAUCAGGCACGUCAUCGAUGAGUCCAGUCCACUGUAUGGAAUGGAUUUUGAGACGUUCAAAAUGAGAGACGCCUCGUUCACCGUCACCGUGACAGGGACGGAGCGAUCGUCCAUGCAACCCGUAUUCAGCGAGAAUUUGUAUGCCGUUGCUGAUGGAGACGUGAUUUGGGACCGGCAAUAUGAGGAUCAAAUUUUGACGAAUAAGCAGGGGCGCAUCGUUUUCUCUGCUGAUGUGCUGAACCAGUUGAAGCCUGUGGAGAUUGAUUGUGGUGAGAGCGACAUGGGAAGAGAUCACAACACACCUGAUAAGGAUGCAGUCGGUAGCGAAUAGCGAGAUCACAUUUUGAUUCCAGCUGGAGCCUUCUAUAGUGUAGGCGUUAGGACAUGUAAAUAAUUGUCUCCUGCCAUGCCUGUGAUUUCAUAUCAGAACAUUCUGCAGAACCAAUUUUGUCAGCUGCAUAAAAAGGUCAAUCUGUGCAGAUCACGUACCGCAAGAGAAUGUUAGGUGAUACAUGAAGGACUACUUUCAGCAUCAAACUAAAUAAAUCGAACCUUUCACACGCUUUUAGCCUUUGGGAUUAAA